GGGAGCUGAGCUGACUUGAUAGUUCUCACCUCCUAUUCUCCCCACCAGGGCCUGCCUGUCUUUCUGCCUCUCUCUCCUGCCAUGUCGUGUGGCUCCUUUCAGCAGGGCUCCAGAUGUGGCAGUCGGAGCUUCAGCUCAUGCUCAGCCAUCCUCCCCCGGAUGGUCACCCACUAUGCAGUGAGCAAGGAGCCAUGCCAGCCCAGGGAUGGCAGGGGUCUCCGCAUCCUGGGCUGCCUCGGCUCACGGAGCCUGUGCAAUGUGGGCUUCGGGAGUCCCCAGGUUGCAUCCAGGUGUGUCCUACCUGGUUUCGGAUACCGAUUGGGGGCUGCCUGUGGUCCUUCUGCCUGCAUCACCCCUGUCACCAUCAAUGAGAGUCUACUGGUCCCACUCGAGCUGGAGAUUGACCCGACCGUGCAGAGGGUGAAGAGGGAUGAGAAGGAGCAGAUCAAGUGCCUCAAUAACCGCUUUGCUUCCUUUAUCAACAAGGUCCGUUUCCUGGAGCAGAAGAACAAGCUGCUGGAGACCAAGUGGAACUUCAUGCAGCAGCAGAGGAGCUGCCAGAGCAGCAUGGCGCCCAUCUUUGAGGCCUACAUCGGCACGCUCCGGAGGCAGCUGGACUGUGAGGCCGGGGACCGGGCUAGGCUGCAGUCGGAACUCUGCAGCCUCCAGGAUGCGCUGGAGGGCUACAAGAAAAAAUAUGAAGAAGAGCUGUCCCUGAGGCCCUGUGCAGAGAAUGAGUUUGUUACCCUGAAGAAGAAUGUGGACACGGUCUUCCUGAUGAAGGCUGACCUGGAGACCAACAUGGAGGCUCUGGUCCAGGAGAUCAACUUCCUGAAAGGCCUGUAUGAGGAGGAGAUUUGCCUUCUCCGGUCUCAGAUCUCAGAGACCUCCGUAAUUGUGAAGAUGGACAACAGCCGUGAGCUGGAUGUGGAUGGCAUCAUUGCUGAGAUCAAGGCCCAGUACGAUGAAAUCGUCAGCCAUAGCAAAGCUGAAGCACAAGCCUGGUACCAGUGCCGGUAUGAGGAACUGCAGUCGACUGCUGGGAACCACUGUGACAACCUCUGCGACUACAAGAAUGAGAUCCUGGAAAUGAACAAGCUGAUCCAGGAGCUGCAGCAAGAAAUUGAAAAUGUCAAAGCCCAGCGCUGCAAACUGGAGACCGCAGUGACCCAGGCGGAGCAGCAGGGCGAGGCGGCCGUCAGCGAUGCCAAGUGCAAGCUGGCCGAGCUGGAGGCCGCCCUGCAGAAGGCCAAGCAGGACAUGGCCUGCCUGCUCAAGGAGUACCAGGAGGUGAUGAACUCCAAGCUGGGCCUGGACAUCGAGAUCGCCACCUACAGGCGCCUGCUGGAGGGCGAGGAGCAGAGGCUCUGUGAAGGUGUGGGGCCCGUGAAUAUCUCCGUGAGCAGCUCAAAAGGUGCUGUCUUGUGCGAGCCAUGUGUGGUCGGCACGCCCAUGCUGAGGACCGACUGCCCAGGGGGCGGCACCAGUGUUUUCAAGAGCAGUGGGGCCUGCAGCUUUGUGGGCACUGGUGAACUCUACAUCCUCUGCGGGCCCCAGGGGCUCCUGGGCUGCGGGAGCAGGCAGAGCUCCAGCAUGAAGCGAGGGGCUGGGAGCAUCUCCUCCUCCUGCCAUAAGUGUUAG